AUGCAAGCACACGACCACGUUGUGAAAGAUCUCAACGAAGAGUUCAAGAAAGUAGACAGAGCAUUUGAGUCGAGUGAAGUCAGGGUAUUUGGCAAAAAUACAGGCCAGAUAUUCAAAGAGUUGGAUGUGAUAAGAAGAAAGCAACUGGACAUAGCGAGCGAGCAUGUAUCAUUAGAGAAAAUUCAAGAUAUACCCAACUCUACAGCUACAGCCACUGCUCAGCUAAAGAAACCAAAUCAAGACAACCAAUUCCUAAGGAGUUUUGAAAGAAAGGAGGUUUUGUUGAAAUCAAUGAUGCGAAAGCUGGACGAUUUGACCCAGUCCAUGGACACAUUCAAAAAGAUUUCCGAAUCAGAUUGUAGUGGGCUUGAUACGUUGAUCACAUCAGGAAGCGAUAGCAGCGACGAGGAUGGCAUUGAUCAGGGACACACAUCAAAGCGGAAUCUAUUGCAUCGUCAGCAGCACAAUAAAAAGAAAGACCAACAACAAGGGGACGCAUUUUUUACUAUGCCAGCGACAAAUACAAGCACCAAUACCACCUCUAUACUGUAG